AUGGCGUAUCCAAUCUGCAGGUACAAAGAUCAAUGGCGAGGCUACGGAAGCCAAUGCAAAAUGAUCCCUCGCCCUCCUCCCCCAUUGAUGAUUUGGGAAUCCCACGUGCUUAAUGCCAAGCGACAAGACCGCUUGGUCCACAAUGAAAUGCCUUCUAGGAGUGCCGUGGUAUUACCGCCGCCAUCAGAGUUUGAUGCUGGCCAUACCACAAUGUCCCCGAGUUUACCUCUUUACGACGGCAAGAUGCGGUUAUCUCCAACGCAUACGCUUAAACUGAAACGCGUCGCCUCCCAAAAUCAAAGUAAUCAAAUUCAGGCACGUUAUUUCUUUCUCUAUGGCUUUGUCUGUCCUCCACUUUGGCUUUUGGGCAUUCUCGUCCUUAUCUAUCCGCUCCGACGCGUCUGCCCUUCCUCUUCAUCUCUGCCCACGGUGUAG